CUUCGUCUCCAGCCAGAGAUGAAAAGCAUCAAAUGAGUGAGAGAAGAAUGGAGGAAACACCACAGAGUCUGCUGCUUUGUAAGUACAGAACAUCUGUUAGUUUAUCAGAUGAUUACUGCCUGUUCUGCUGAUGAUUGAUGAUGGUGGAGGAUGCAGGAGAAACAAGUUAGACUGAAUGAACUUUAGUUUCAACACUAAAAGAUAAAAGAUCAUCUUAAUAUGUGAACUAAACACAUGAACCCAGCUUAGAAACUAUUAAAGGAGAAGAAAGCUCCAGAUGUUCCAUGGAGGUCUCCUGGAGGUCUGCUUCUAUAUCAGACAUCAGUUUUAUAUCAUAACUGAGAAGUUUUAUUGAAACCAGUUUAAAUGUUGUCUGUAGGUCUGAGUUUCCUGCUGUGCUGCAGAAUAAACCAAGCUGGUCUGACUGUGAGUCCCAGUAGAUCUCAGUUCUUUGAAGAAGACUCUGUGUCUCUGAGCUGUGAGGAGGACAACAUCUCUGCUGGAUGGACUGUGAGGAGAAACACAACCAGAGAAACCAGAACUCAGUGUGGAGACAGAUGGUGGAGAAAAGAAGGUUCUACCUGCAAAACCAGCAGCAUCAGAGAACAUGAUACUGGAGUGUACUGGUGUGAGUCCAGAGAGGGAGCAGCCAGCAGCAGCAUCCAGCUCACUGUCUCUGGUGGAUCAGUGAUCCUGCAGAGUCCUGUCCUCCCUGUGAUGGAGGAAGAUGACGUCACUCUGAGCUGUCAAACAAAGACUUCCUCCAACCUCCCA